AUGGCGUUCGCUUUGGAACUCGACAUCUUGGGACAGCACCCUAUGCUCAGAUUGAUGUACACAAAUCUAAGCUAUAUCUUCCCUUUAGAUGAGAGUCCACAUCAUACGGCCACGGAACCUGUCAUCCAGACCCUCACCACUGGCUUGCAGUGUUUUUCUGAAUACUUUCCAUGGAUAGCUGGACAAGUUGCAAGCACGAGGGCUGGGGAAGGCGGCUCUGAAGUUCCCAGAAUCAUACCGUUCGAAGAGGUACCUAUAUUUCAGAGAGCAAAUCGGCCAGACUUUACGAUUCAUGCCUUUAGAGAGGCAAAUUGGUCUAUGCGAAUGCUCAAUCCAGACGUGUUCGCACCGCGCCUGAUUCCUCUCGGCCAGGCUCCCAGUCCAUCUCAUCCGGUGCCAGUAUUCCUCCUACGGGCAACAUUCAUCACGGGCGCUGUCGUCAUCACGUUUUCGGCAAACCAUAGCGCCAUGGAUAUGACGGGACAGACUACAAUGAUCCGACUACUGAAUAAGGCUUGCCAUGGCAUCGCAUUCACAGAAGAAGAGCUGCGUCUGGGAAACAGGAAAAUGGAAGUCGACCUUGCUUUACUGGGGAACAAAGAUGAUCAGGAACUCAGAGCAGAAAUAUCCUGUCAACUCAACAGAAAGAUGAAAAUUCAGACAGUCGAUCCAGCCACAUCGAAGCCAAAUGCUGACGAUGAUGGUCCUAGCGAGCCGGUGAAAGUUACCUGGGCAUAUUUCCAGGCACUUCCGUCGUCUCUGGCGAAACUCAAAGUGAAAGCUACUGAAUCAGUCCCGAAUUCUCAUUUCGUGUCCACUGACGACGCUCUUACUGCAUUAAUCUGGCAAGCAAUCUCUCGUGCACGCAGCUCUCAUCUCCACGUUUCCACGAGGUUGUUAUUGGCAAGAGCAGUGGAUGCGAGGAAGGCGAUGGGCGUCGCAGACAUGUACCCGGGCAUGAUGCAGAACAUGGCAUUCAAUAACAUGGCUGUCGAGGAUGUUUUAGACAUGCCUCUUGGCGCAAUCGCGACUAGAUUGCGAGAAAAGUUGGGCAUUGACGACCUUGGACAUGCGAUGCGAGUGAUAAUGACAUUGAUGAACCGCCAUCCACACGAGUCUCCCAUUUUGAAGUAUCUCAAGCCAUCGUACGAUGUGAUGGUUACUUCCUGGGCGAAGAUGAACUGUUAUAGUGAUACCUUCAAUCUGGGGUUGGGAGGACCGGAGAACGUGUUACGCCCGGGUUUACCUCCUAUAGGAGAAGGAUGGGUGAACUUGAUGCCGAAGUCGGAAGAGAAGGGAAUUUCGUUUGGGCCGCAGCUGAUUGCUACCAUUUACGAUUGCUCGACGUAG